AUGCUUUAGAUAAAAUUUUUAGAUUUGAAGAAGCAUUGUAGUAUUAUGACCAAGCUAUCUAAAAAAAUCCUGAAAAUUCAAACUUUUAUAAUAAUAAAGGUUGAAUAAGCUUAUGUAAUUAUUAGGGAUUACUUUAAAAAAAAUGAAUAGACAUCAGGAAGCAUUGGAAUAUUAUGACUUAGCAAUUUAGAAAAACACUGAAAAUCCGGCUUUUUAUAAUAACAAAGGUGUAUUUAAUAUUGUAUAUUAUCUUAGGGUUAGCAUUAGAUUAAAUGAAUAGAUUUCAGGAAGCAUUGGAAUAAUUUGAUUCAGCAAUAUCGAAAAACCCUGAAAAUUCAGACUAUUAUAAUAACAAAGGUAUCGAAAUCUGCAUUUUGAACUUAGCACUUACUUUAGCUAAAAUGAAUAAAUUUGAUGAAGCAUUAGAAAAUUUUGAAUUAUCUAUUUCUAAAUAUCCUGAAAAUUCAAACUAUUAUUUUCACAAAGGUAUUAUUAAAUUUGUGUUUCGUUUAGCUGAUAUUUUAACAAAAGUAUAUAGAUUCGCAGAAGCAUUGGAAUUAUACGAUUUAGCUAUUUUAAGAAACCCUGAAACUUCAGUAUAUUAUAAUAACAAAGGUACCAGAUAUCUGCAUAUUUAACUUAGCUGUUACUUUAGUUAAAAUUAAUAAAUUUAAUGAAGCAUUAGAAAAUUUUGAUUUAGCUAUUUCUAAAAGUCCUGAAAAUUCUGAUUAUUAUUGUUACAAAGGUUCAUAAAAUUUGAUAUCCACAUAGCUAAUACUUUAACAAAAGUAUAUAGAUUUUUGGAAGCAUUGGAAUAAUAUGAUGCAGCAAUAUCAAAGAACCCUGAAAAUUCAGACUAUUUCUAUAACAAAGGUAUAGGAAAUCUUCAUAUUUUUAUUAGCCAUCAUUUUAUCUCAGUUAAAACAAUUUUAGGAAGCUUUGAAAUAUUUUGAUAUAGCUUUAUCAAAAAAUUCUGAAAAAUCAAACUAUUACUUUAGCAAAGGUAUAUUAAAUUUGCAUAUUUAUAUUAGGAAUUACUUUAUCCAAAAUGAAUAAACUUGAUGAAGCAUUAGAAUAUUUUGAAUUAGCUUUAUCGAAAAACCCUAAAAAUUCUGAUUAUUACAUUUGCAAAGGUAUGAGUUGGGUUUAAAUUUUUCAUAGCACUGACUUUACAAAAAAUGAAUAGAUUUAAGGAGGCAUUGGAUAAUUUUUAUUAAGUUAUCGAUGACAGCCCAGAAUAUAUAGAAUCUCACUAAAGAAAAAGUAGUAAUUCCUAAUUAUAAUUUUCAAGCUCAAACUUUNUAAUGCAUUAGAUAAAAUGAAUCGAUUAUAAGGAGCAAUAGAAAAUUAUGAAUUAGCAAUUUAGAAAAACCCUGAAGAUUCAUAUAAUUACUUUGACAAAGGUACAAUUAACUCUGGAUAUAUAUUAGCUAAUGCUUUAGAUAAAAUUUUUAGAUUUGAAGAAGCAUUGUAGUAUUAUGACCAAGCUAUCUAAAAAAAUCCUGAAAAUUCAAACUUUUAUAAUAAUAAAGGUUGAAUAAGCUUAUGUAAUUAUUAGGGAUUACUUUAAAAAAAAUGAAUAGACAUCAGGAAGCAUUGGAAUAUUAUGACUUAGCAAUUUAGAAAAACACUGAAAAUCCGGCUUUUUAUAAUAACAAAGGUGUAUUUAAUAUUGUAUAUUAUCUUAGGGUUAGCAUUAGAUUAAAUGAAUAGAUUUCAGGAAGCAUUGGAAUAAUUUGAUUCAGCAAUAUCGAAAAACCCUGAAAAUUCAGACUAUUAUAAUAACAAAGGUAUCGAAAUCUGCAUUUUGAACUUAGCACUUACUUUAGCUAAAAUGAAUAAAUUUGAUGAAGCAUUAGAAAAUUUUGAAUUAUCUAUUUCUAAAUAUCCUGAAAAUUCAAACUAUUAUUUUCACAAAGGUAUUAUUAAAUUUGUGUUUCGUUUAGCUGAUAUUUUAACAAAAGUAUAUAGAUUCGCAGAAGCAUUGGAAUUAUACGAUUUAGCUAUUUUAAGAAACCCUGAAACUUCAGUAUAUUAUAAUAACAAAGGUACCAGAUAUCUGCAUAUUUAACUUAGCUGUUACUUUAGUUAAAAUUAAUAAAUUUAAUGAAGCAUUAGAAAAUUUUGAUUUAGCUAUUUCUAAAAGUCCUGAAAAUUCUGAUUAUUAUUGUUACAAAGGUUCAUAAAAUUUGAUAUCCACAUAGCUAAUACUUUAACAAAAGUAUAUAGAUUUUUGGAAGCAUUGGAAUAAUAUGAUGCAGCAAUAUCAAAGAACCCUGAAAAUUCAGACUAUUUCUAUAACAAAGGUAUAGGAAAUCUUCAUAUUUUUAUUAGCCAUCAUUUUAUCUCAGUUAAAACAAUUUUAGGAAGCUUUGAAAUAUUUUGAUAUAGCUUUAUCAAAAAAUUCUGAAAAAUCAAACUAUUACUUUAGCAAAGGUAUAUUAAAUUUGCAUAUUUAUAUUAGGAAUUACUUUAUCCAAAAUGAAUAAACUUGAUGAAGCAUUAGAAUAUUUUGAAUUAGCUUUAUCGAAAAACCCUAAAAAUUCUGAUUAUUACAUUUGCAAAGGUAUGAGUUGGGUUUAAAUUUUUCAUAGCACUGACUUUACAAAAAAUGAAUAGAUUUAAGGAGGCAUUGGAUAAUUUUUAUUAAGUUAUCGAUGACAGCCCAGAAUAUAUAGAAUCUCACUAAAGAAAAAGUAGUAAUUCCUAAUUAUAAUUUUCAAGCUCAAACUUUAGAUGGAAUGAUUAGAUAGGAAGAAGAAAUACAAAAUUUUCUAUCAAUGAUUUGGCUAAACUAAAAAAUUUCAGAGGAUUAUUUUGAUAAAGGUAUAGCUAAACACUUACUUUCAUAGAAAAUUCAGAGUUAAAUUUAAAAUAACAAUUCUAAAAUUCCAUUUAUGAAUCCAUAAAGCUCCUACAGGACUAACUUAGUAAUUGUUGUUGA